UAAAAUCAGUCAUUUUAAAAACAUCUCUUCAAUUGUUUUGACUAAAAUUACUUUCAGACAAUCUUCACAGCGUCUAUAAAACUACAAUGGAAGAUGAAAUAAAAUCUUGGCUAAAAAAUAUCUUGAAAGAAGAGAUAGAAGAUCAUUCUGUAAACGUUUUAGGGAAUGCAGAAAAAGGUGAAGGGUACUUGAGCGAUAUAUUGUAUGUAAAGUUAACCCCAAAGAGUAACAACCAAAUCGAAACCUACGAAUUAGUUUUGAAGUGUAACAGAAUUAACCAAGCAACGACUCCCAUCAAGGAAGCAUUUAGAACUGAAAUGUUCAUUUACAAUGAAGUGAUUCCUGCAUUCACCAAACUUCAGACGGAGAAAGGCCUUCACAAUUGGUUCAGCAGUGUUCCAACGUGUUAUGGAACACUCACUACUAAAGAUGUGCAAAUUAUUGUUCUGGAAAAUUUGAAAACGAGCGAUUACGUCUUGUGGGAUAAGAAACAUCCAUUUACGAGAAAACAUAUGGAUCUUAUUCUCGAAGAGUAUGCAAAGUUUCACGCCCUCUCCAUUGCUUUGCAGCAACACGAUCCUCAGAAGUUUAAGGAAUUAAGUGACGGUUUAGGUGACACAUUUAUUAGAGAGUUCGUAAAGACAAACAAUAUGGAUACAGUCUUUGGAAGGGCUGCACUAGAAAUAUACGAUUUAUUGAAAGGUGAUCUAGAUGAAAACACGCUGAAUACGUGGAAAAUUUUGUACGAAAAAGCAUACUUUAUUCUUGAGGGUAUGGUUGACAAAAAAGAAACACCAAAAGUAAUUUUGCACGCUUCGUGUUGGUGCAAUAACUUUAUGUUCAAAUAUGACCCUGCUGACAAUUUUUCACCAGUUAGGGUUUUUGUGUUGGAUUGGCAAUUGUCAAAAGCCUCGUCGCCGAUUCUUGAUUUAUCAUAUUUUAUCUUUGCUAACAUAUCUACCGAAGACGUACAACAUAUAAGCGAUAUUUUAAAUGGUUAUUAUGAGAAACUACAAUUCCGUUCAAGUCAGCUUGGGACUGAUCUGCAUAAUUUAUAUUCAAAGCAACAGUUUCUAGACGACUGGCGAAAAUAUGCGAAAUAUGGUGCUCUAUAUGCAUGUCUGAUAUACAAAAUUUGCACUACUGAAAAAGAUGAAGUCGUUGAUCUAACUGAUGUUUCUGAUACUGAUACAAAUUUCUUUGAGGCGUUUUGUUAUGAAGUCAAGAAUAAAGUUGCCUUUAAAAAUCGGGCAAGACAUGUUGUAAACUACGUAGUUGAAAAUAAGCUAAUUUAACCAAAAAUUAGCAGUGAAUGAAUAUGAAAUGUAUAUGUUCCUAUAUACUCCCCUAUUUUUAUAUUUUUUUAAUAAAUGUUAGGAUUUUUUGUUUA